AUUUUCGUGAUCGGCCCUCUGGUAUCGAAUACUGGAAAGUACCAUCGCGACAUGGCGACGUUCCGGGAUAACUUCAGAUUAAUCACGCGCGCGUGUGUGUGUGUGUGUGUGUGUGUGUGUGUGUGUAGAUAUGGAUGCGAGUGCUCGGCACCGGAGAAGGUGAAACGUUAAUUUUAGUAGUUGGAAAAUGGCGGCAUCGAAAAGUCAGCGUUGGAUGGUAGAUUCGGGAAUUCUGCGUAAAAAAAAUGGAGAAGAGGAACCGCAGGAGCUGCUGGUGUUUGGAUAUAGCUGCAAAUUAUUUCGAGAUGAUGACAAGGCGAAAAUGAUUGAUCAAGGAAAGCAUUUGAUACCAUGGAUGGGCGAUAACACGUUGAAAAUAGACAGAUACGAUGGACGCGGAGCGCUGGGGGACUUACGGAUAUACGAACCACCGACAGGUGGAUUCGAUCAAAGAACGAUCCUGACGGAAGAUGAGCUGAAAGUGGAACAACUCUGCGACGAAGAGCGAUAUCGGUCUCUGUACAACAACGAAAUGGAGGACUCGAUGUAUCACGAGGAAGAAAUAAAGAGACUGCACCAAGCGUUAGAUUCGGAGAACGCGUACAAUCGGGUGGCGUACGAUUACAACGAGGAAGGGAACGGUGGUUCGAAGAGCGCGUGCGACGAUUCGCAAAGUCCGAAAAGAUCCGAAGGAUCCCAGGAGGAGGAUCAGGCUUUCGUACCGCCUCCUGAUCUGGAAAUACCAGACGGUAUUCCAUUGCCGGAAACGCAAAAACUGAAUGCCAUCAUAACGAAAACGGCGUUGUUUAUAAGUCGUCAAGGGGGCCAAAUGGAGAUCUUGAUUAAAGCGAAGCAAGCGAACAAUCCACAAUUUUCCUUCUUGUCGAUAGACGGGCCGCUGCAUCGAUAUUAUAGAUACGUGUUAGAUGCUAUCAAGAGUGGAAAGUACAAUCCUGAAAAGCAGCCCGAGAAGGAAGAAGAAUCUGAACCCGAAGAAGGAUCGUCAGACCAAGACGACGAACCGUAUCUUCAUCCGAGUUUGGCGCCGUCGUUCACCAAGAUAGAGGCGGCUCCUAGUAUCCCGAGCAUACAGUACAAACCAUCCGCGGACUGUGCAUACUCGAUGCUCGUGAAUAAAAUCACCGGGAAACCACCACCUUCGAAAGUUCCUUCGCAACAGCCGGAGAACGUGACGCAAGCGACGGCUAGCACGACCGGGUAUUAUCAUCCAGUGACGGGGCAGGGAUACGGUCCUUAUGCCGCGGCACCUGUACAGUAUUCUCACGGCCCGGUGAUAUACGGACCCAAUGGUCAGAUACAAUCGGCGUUGCAGUUGGCCGCGAUGAACGCGGCGUCUACCGCGGCAGCGACCGAUCCGCUCGCGGGUCACGUCGCGAUCAACGAAUGUCAAUCGCCGUUGGUGCCGUACGGGACCACGUCCCAGAAACAAUUGAGUAGACCUUCGUUCAUCGUACCACCGGCGGACGUGCAAAUAAUCAUCGAUAAAAUGGCCAGCUACGUAGCGAAGAAUGGUCGAGACUUUGAAGCGAUCGUGAAGAAUAAGGGAGAUCCGCGAUUCAAUUUUUUGGAAUUGUCGCAUCAGUAUCACGGCUACUACGCGCACAAGUUGACUAUAUACGAGGGCGCUGUGAAUCCGAAGGUGCUGACGGAGGAGGAAUUACUGCGGAAACAAGAACCGCAGGAGGAGAAGCAGAAAAAGUUGGAGGAACUGCAAAAGAAACAGCAAAGAAUGGAGGAGGUACAAAAGCGGGUGAAAAUGAUACAAGCGAAGAAGAAAUGCGACUCGAGGGUGAAGCAGCCGAUGGGAUCAGGGGGAGGACCGGUAGGUGGGAAGCAAGUGACGACGGUGUCGUUCUCCAUAAAAAAACCAAAGGAGGGUGAAACCGGGGUAAUCGAGAAGCGAAACGCGCUUCCGUUGGAGGAGAGCGACGACGAGAUGGAAAACGAGAGCAAAGAGGGUAACUCGGCUUCGAAGCCGAGCUCGCCGCCGGACUCUACCGAACAGCACGCUUUGUUCACCGUUUUCGGAACGACGGAGAAAGACGCGGCGUGCAAGUCGGAGAAAAAGUCGAAGACCGACGAGAAGGAGCUGGUCGAUCUGACCGACGAAAUUCUCGAGGAUUGUCAAAAGGAGAUCAGACACAAUAAACAGAACGAGGAGAGAAUAAAAGAUAAACUGGUCGCUGCCGCGCGAGACAAGUUGGCCGCUACGUCCAGAGAGAGGCAACUUCAGUUGGAGAGAAAGAAGAAAGCGGCAGCGUUUCUCAGCCAAAUACAGACGGUAUUGCCGAAAAGUAGUAGCGGAAACGGCAACGAUAGCGGCGGAAUCGUUGGUAUUUCUCAACCGGCGAGGAAAGACGACUCGGACGAGGUGCAUUCCGUUCCGUCUCCGUCACCUUCGCCGUCCUUGGACGACGCGAAAUCGUGCGACUCGAGGACCGGAGGCAACUCGUUGAUGGACAGACUGAAGAGCGCGGACCUGACCGGUAAAAGAUCUAGACCGCGAUCGAGAAGUCCCAGCGGAGGGCCAAGUUGCGCGGACAGACAAAGAUUUCACAAGAAACACAAGAAGAAGAAAAGUUCGCACCGAAGCAGCCACGAUAGUCCGAGUAGUUCUCGAUCGCACAGGUCCAAGAAGAGCAAAAAGUCAUCGUCCAAGCACAGAUCUCCGUCGAGAACACCGUCUCGAAGGCAUCAGCACAACGCGCGACGAAGAGGAAGCAACUCGUCGUACUCGGAUUCGAGUUCACCCUGAAACGUUGCUCGUUAUCCGUUGUCCGUUAUCCGUUACUCGUUAUUCGAUAUCCGUAUCCGUUAUUCGUUAUUCCUAUUGCGAACAUUUUGAUACGUGUAAAACUGUACAUAUACAACGAUACGCAAUAUCUACGAUACGCGCCUCUGUACGCGCGUAUUUACAAUGAUAAUUUUAAUACGACUUUUGUCCAAGAAAUGAACAAACCAUGGAAAAUGGGGAAACAAGAUCGAAGAAUAAAGAGAAAUUUUUAGCUAGAA